UACCAGCUACCAAAGAGAUUCCAACCUCUACCGUAUCUUCCACCAAAGAGACAGACCUCAAUAAACCACUGCCGGCUAGUGUUUCUUCUGUCAACAACGAUACUGAAACUUCUCACAAGAAGAAAAUGGAAAUCACGCCACCAAGUUCUCUUGCAAAUAAAGAAGUAUCAGAAAAGAAAGAGGAGAAAAUUGGAAUAGUUGAAAAGGUAGCUGAUCAACCAGUCAAAUCUACUGGUGAAUUACAGCCCCAGAAAACCCUUAACAAAGAAUCAAACCCUGUUGAAAAACCACUUGCCAAAUCUGCUUCUCCAGCAGCACAGCCAGCAAAUCAAGAAACCUCAUUUUUCCCCAGUCUUGGUAGUCCUAAAUCUCAGCAUGCUGCUUCAAAAACAACUGAAGCAGUGACUGGGAAGAUGCUUGGAUUUGGGUCAUCUGUCUUCAGCUCAGCAUCCACCUUGAUAACAUCUGCAGUUCAGGAGUCCCGCACAACACCACCAAGUUCACGUAAAAUGUCUGCUCCAGCACAAGUCUCUGACAAGAACUCCAGUCCCCCAGUUUCUCUGAAGAUGACUUUGGCAAGGGAGACAAAACCACUUGGUGCUCAGAAAUCACAACUUGAAAAUAUACAUGGCCAACCCCAGCAGACCAAGAAUCUUUCUUCUGGACAGGCCAAAGUCGAUCUGGGUCCAACAGAGCCUGCAAAACCAGAAGCCUCCCAAGCUACUUCCAAACUGGGCCAGUCUACUUGUCCACUGUGUAAGGCAGAACUUAACAUUGGCUCCAAAGAUCACCCCAACUACAAUACCUGCACUGAAUGCAAAAACAUUGUUUGCAACAAGUGUGGAUUUAGUCCUAUGCCAAGUCUAAAAGAGGCAAAGGAAUGGCUUUGUCUCAACUGCCAGAUGCAGAGAGCACUUGGAGCUUCUGAACCUCCCGGCCUUCCUAUGAUAAAAUCCCAACCUUCACCAAGCAAAGAUGUCCCUGCUACUGCACACAAGACAGAGACCCCUAUGUUAGCUUCUGAGGAAGACAUCCCUAAACUGGUCUUAUCCAAAAAUGAGCUUGUUAAUAUUCCAACAGCCAAAGAAACUGAAAACCCAACCCCUGGUACACCAACAAAGAAAGUAAGCCUUGCAGCUGCUUCAUUGGUUGACAAGACAGUUCCACCCACUAUUUCUAAAAUUGAAGUUUCGCCAGCUUCACAAAUGCUUUCUGGAGAGACACCCAAGGAACCACUUAGUACACUCCAGCAACAGCUACCAAAAGCCGUGACUUCUAGUGCUAAGUCUGCUCCCUCACCUGAUCAGGAAGCAGGAAAAACUCCCCGACAGCAACCACAAAAAUCUGGUACCGCACCAGCCAAAUCUGUACCACCUGCAUCUCAACCUGAAAAACAGGAGUCAGGAGGCUUCUUUGGGUUUGCUGGUCCUAAAACACAGCCUACUGCACAGUCAGGUGGGUCAGUGACUGGAAAGAUGUUUGGCUUUGGAUCAUCUUUCUUAAGCUCUGCCUCUACUUUGAUAACUGCAGCUGUCCAGGAUGAACCUAAGACUACACCACCAACUCCACGUAAGAUGUCCACUACAGGAAAUGUCUUACCUAAAACUACACCGCCAGCCUCUCCUAAAGCAUUACCUGCAAAGGACACCAAGGCACAUGCUGUUCAGAAAACUAAGGGGAAAAGUCCAGAGAAACCACAGCAGGAAAGAACUCCUUCAGCAGUACAAGCCAAAGUAGACAAAGUUCCAUCAGAGCCCCCCGAGGCAUCAACAAACACCCAAGGUGCUCCAAAAGUAGAUCGGUCCGUCUGUCCACUCUGUAAAGUAGAGCUGAACAUGGGCUCUGAGGAUCCUCCCAAUUACAACACCUGCACAGAAUGCAAGACAACAGUCUGUAACCAAUGUGGAUUUAAUCCAAUGCCAAAUGUGGUAGAGGUAAAGGACUGGCUUUGUCUGAACUGCCAGAUGCAAAGAGCCCUAGGAACAUCUGAGCUCACUGGACAUCCUGUAGUCAAACCACAGCACACCCAAAGCAAGGUUUUUAUGCCGCCUGGAACUGAACAUAAAGAUGUGCCAACAUUAGUCCAAAAGGAGAAAGCCACAGAAUCCUCAGCAGUUAAAAAAGAGGUAAUUCAAGCACCUCUACCUAAAAAAGAAACCCCCAAAGUUGAGGCUGCUUUGCCAGUUGCAGUCCAAAAUAAGGACACAUCACGACGAGAUUCUAUGCAAAAGACACAGGUCCUUUCAGAUACUGAACAAGGACAAGGCCAGGGCAUUCCUGGCCAGCAGCAGCGUGUUGGAAAAUCCCCACAAGAACAGCUUUCUGAAACUACAAAGCCAGAAGUCAAGGCAGAUCUUAACAACAGACUGGGAAAACCACCACAACAGCUCUCAAAAUCUGUAACCCCUGCUGCCAAAUCCGCACCACAACCAGCUCAUCCUUCUAAACAGGAAUCAGGAGGAUUCUUUGGCUUUGGUGUUCCUAAAACCCAACCUGCUGCUGCAAGGUCUGCUGAGUCUGUGACUGGGAAGAUGUUUGGUUUCGGUUCGUCUAUCUUCAGCUCUGCAUCUACAUUGAUAACUUCUGCUGUUCAAGAUGAACCUAAAACACCCCCCUCUCCUCGUAAGAUGUCAGCUACAGUGGAUGUCUCUCCUAAAAUUACACCUCAAGUUUCUCCUAAGAUGUCACCUGCAAAGGAGAGCAAACCACCUUUAUUGGAGUCAUCUCAUCAGGCCAGUCCUGCGUCAUCGGUACUGGCCAAAGUAGGGAAAGCUCCAUCAGAGCCUCCAAAAUCCAAGGAAGUGAACCAAGUUGCUUCUAAAGCAAGUCUGUCAACCUGCCCACUCUGUAAAGUCGAACUGAACAUGGGCUCCAAGGAUCCUCCCAAUUACAACACCUGCACUGAAUGCGAGAACACUGUCUGCAAUCUUUGUGGAUUUAACCCCAUGCCUCAUACAGCAGUGAAGGAAUGGCUGUGCCUGAACUGCCAGACUCAAAGGGCCCUGCUGGGACAGUUGGAAGGAAAAAUGGACCAGCCUUCACCUGUAUCUGCAAAGCCAGAGACCCAGACCACACCUGCAGCCCAAAAAGCAGAUCCCAAAUCUACCCCGACAAAGGCAGAGCCUACACCUGUGGUCACAAAAUCACAGCCCUCACCUGCUGCCAUCAAAGCAGUACCCACCGUUCCAACCCCGAAAGAAAAUAUGGAACUUAGUUCUGUCAAAAUGGAGGACAUGACCACAGCAGCCUCUGCACAAAUCAAGCUUGAGACCACAGUAAAGGUUUCACCUGUUACAACAGAAAAAGAGCCUUUAACAACAUCUACAGCCAAACACACGGAGGUCAAUGGAACACAGUCUCUCAAAACAGAAGAGUCUAGACCUGACUUUUCAAAAGUCAAAGUAGCUUCCCCUUCCCCAGCGACUGAGAUGACAGUUGUGCCCACAUCCCUUGUUGCUGCAGAGUUUGCUGUGGCUGGGGUUGUUCGAGCUACGGAAGCACAUCCAGAAUUGUCUGCCCCCGAGAGGAUUGUUAAAGAACUACAGCCUGAUGAACAUACCAAAACAAAAUCUUUACAGCAAGUUGAGCUGCAACCAACCUCACAAGAACCACAGCUGGUAUUGGAACCAGAGCCAGUCAUAGCAGCUAACAGCAAGAAGGUGGCUGAUAAGCUGGUUGAAAAGGUUAGUGAUGUCACUUCAACUCCAGAAACACAACCAGUAUCUACAACGAAAAUCAUAAUCAAAGAACAAGAUGAAACCAUUCCUACAGCACAGGACAAACUGGAAAAUAUAGUUGUCCCUGCAGUGACUACUGAGCCUAAAGAUAAAGCAGAGGGGCAUGAUGAAAAUCAACCCCAGAUUUUACCCAUAUCGGUGGAACUAGAGGGCCAGGUGGUCAGUGAUACAAAUGAAAAUGAUGUUAAUACUAAUUCAUCCAUGCCAGUUAAGAAAGAAGUUAAAGCUGAGAGAAGGCGCCUAAGUUUCCAAGAAAUGGAGGAAAGCAGUGAAAGUGAGAUGACACCCUCACCCUCACCUAAAAUCCAGAGAAGAAGGCUAAAGGUGAGCAGUGUUUCAUCCAGCAGUGAGGACAUCAAAACUGAAAGCGCUGACUCCAAUGUGGAAGAUGAAGAAUUCAUCCGCAGGCAGAUAAUGGGUAUGGGGGAUGAAGAAGAAAUGUCUCUUUCAGAAGAUGAAAAAGGAAAGAAUUUGUCAAAUGAGGAAGCUAUCAACGAGGCUGCUGCAGUGACACCCAAAUCAUUGUCCAGAAUAAGUAGCACAGAUAAAGAAGACAGCCCAGCCAGGAUACAAGCCCUCCCAACAGCUGACACUGCCACUACUCAAGAUGUUUCUCAAACAAUUCCUAGCACUACUUUUAAGAAAGCUAUUCCAGUCAUGAGACAGAGACAAAGCACUGAUGAAGAAGUAGAGAGCAUCACAGAAUCCCUCUCAAAGGGAUCAUCUAGUGUUCAGGCAUCUAGCUUUACGCCGGGAUCUUCACCUACAUCAGCCUCAUCUCUGGAGGAGGACAGUGAUAGCAGCCCCAGUCACAGGAAAAUCAGUGGGGGCAAACAGCAUCGCAAAGGUAAGCACAGGCAGCCAAGCCAGCCUCUCCCAACCAUUGAAGACUCCUCUGGAGACGAGAAGAUGAGGGAGGAGAAGUCUAGGAAAGACAAAGAUGAACUUAGAGCCCAUGGCCAAGCACUGACUCCAACUGAAGAUGCUUCCUCCACAGAGGAUCUGAGAUCGGUCACAGUAAUUGAAGAAACAAGCAGAACAUCUGGCUCUGAGUACUCUGCCAGUAUAGAAUCAGAACCAGAGGCUAGGCAUGCUUUCCAAAGAGGAUGUAAGCCUUCACCAACAGUCAUUCCAUACACUUCUGAUUCUUCUGAUCCAUUUAAAGAGACAGAUACUUUGACAAAAUCAUUGAAGAGUGCUGAAGAAGCAUAUGAGGAAAUUAUUCAGAAAACAAAAGCCAUUCCAGGGGAGAGUCCUCCUGACAUUGAGCCUCUCUAUGGAGGAAUGGCAAUAGAGGACUAUCUUUAUGAAUCCUUAGUUGAGGAGCCUGAUAUUAAUAUGAGUGACUCUAAAGAGGAAGAAAUCAUACAGAGCACUGGCUCUGAAACUCUAAAAAAACUCAGGUCUCCAGAGGAGGUUUAUGAAGAGAUGAUGCAGAAAAAGAGAGAACUGAUAAUGAUAGAGCAAGAAUUUCAACAGGCCCAAACGGCCAUGGAAUCUUCCUCAUCAGUGGCUUCAGUCACAGAGCAUCCCUUGGUUGCUGAUACCUGUAUAGUGGCCAUACCUGCAGAUGACACAUCUAUCACUGGACAAACUGAUAUGCCUAAUACAGGCAUUGAAACCUUGAGUGAAGUGCCAAUGAAGAAAAAGAAACGGCCAGCUCCUCCACGUCCCUCUGAACCCCCUAAGCGCACUGAAGUCACUGUUGUUCCCAGUGCUUCAAGUGGAUCUGUAGGUUUUGUUAGGCCUAUGGUUCCUCUAGAUCCAGCACUCAGAAAGGCAUUGUUUCCUAUACCAGACCUAAAAAUUACACAGUGUUCAUCUGGGGAGGAAGAGGAUGACAGUCUUGCAGAUGAGUAUGGUGUUGGUAUUUCCUCUGACAUUACACCCAGUGAUGACUCUGAGACUAAAGAGGAUCCUUCCAUAAGCCCACCUUUGUCUGAAAAUGCUGAAAUGGAACCCAUCUGUGUGGUCUGUGAGAUUCCAGAGCCAAAACCUAUUCCAACUCCAAUAUCAGCCCCAGAGCUAACUACUACACCUUCUCCAGUAUCACCAGUGUCACCUCCAACUUCACCAGUCACUCCAGAUUCCAGUUUGGCUUCUAAUGCUACAUCUUCAUCGUCAUUCCAAGCUCAAACACCCCUUUCUCCGGUUUCAACUCCGCUGUCAACACCAACACCUCCAGCUUCAGUUGCAACCCAAUCACCUCCAGAGAUCUUGCCACAAUCACCUGCAGCAAUACUGUCUAGUGGGGUCCUAGAAUCUCAUCCCUCUCCAACCACAGUUAUAGUUACCAUACCAGAUGUGGUGUCAGAUCCAUCCAAAGCCCAAACAGCUGCUGCAGUACAAGUUAUGACUUCUACAGCUGAAAUCCCAGCUCCAGCACUAGUGGAGAUGUCUAUUCCUGUACCUGUUGUAGUUCAGAUGCCAGACUUGGUUUCAUCUCCAUCUCAGGUGCCUGUUGAGGCUCCAGCUGUUAUACAGGUCUCAGCAUCGAGUCCUGCACCUGUUGUAGUUUCAUCUCAACUUACAGCCUCAAAGGCAGCUACACCUGUUACACUCUCCACUCCAGCAUCAACCGGUGAUGUUUCUACUUCAGUCACUCUGGCCUCUGGGCCAGUUAUAGUCCAGAUGCCUGAUCUAGUUUCAACUACAUCUCCAAUCUGUUCACAAAUCCCACUACCAGUCUCAGCACUUGUGACUACCCCAGCACAAGCCCAAACUAAAGUGGUUCACUCAGUCCCUGUACAAUCAGCAAUCCCACGUAUGAGCCCAGCAGUAGUCCAGGUGUCUGCACCAGCCCCAGCAUCAACUACUAUAGUCAAGAAGAAGGUCCCACCCCCUCCUCCUCCUCGAUCUACUUCUGUGUCAUUAGCUGAGCCUUAUACAGACCUGCAACUUGUAAAGACUGGUCAGCAUGUCAGCCCUACCAUGACAAGACCUGUAACUGCGGGAACCACAGGGGCUGGUCAACCAAUGCAGUCUGUAAUUGUGGAUAUACAGCCAAGAAUGGAAGAAAUACAACCAGAUAAUGUGGGUGUACCUCAAGUAGUGUCCCCAACCAGACAAGGGCAUGUAGUCAUCAUAGUGCCCAGUGUGGAAAACAUAUCUCUGCAUGGACAAAUCCCACAAGAUAUAUCUAGCACGGGGCCAGUUGUUCCCACUCCUCUGCCACAGACUAGUCAAACAGUCACACACCCUGCUUCAGAUAUACCCGGGACAGAUACAGCUUCACUAUCUACUAAGGUUCCAGUGGCUUCAGCUCCACCACUUCCAUGUAAACCGAUGCCAGGGACAAAAGUUAUAGACACAGUAGAAAUACCUGUAGCAGAUACACCGUCACCACCUCAUACCCCUUUACCCAAGCCUGCUGUUCAUCCAAAGCCACAGCUUUCCUCUACAGUGACACUUGCUACAACAACAGUAGCACAAGCUGUUGUGACAACAAUUAGCCCUAGUCAGAUUCCCAAGCCUCCUCCACCCAUCCCACCCAAGCCUAUAUCAAUUCCAGCAGGACUUGUUUUCAGCCACAAGCCAGGUGAGAGCGUUAAGCCACCUUCGCCUGUAGUCUCCAAAGCUGCAACACUGCCCAGGACCAAAGAACCUCCAAAUGCUCUGUCUCUUAGCCUGACACGGCCUGUGGAGUCUAAAUUUGGUGCAACAUCUCCGAAAUCACCAUUGUCUCCUAGACAUGCCAAAUGUUUACAAACUUAUGUUGUUAUAACCCUUCCAUCUGAACUUAGCUCACCAACAGAGGGCAUGACAGUCCAGGCACCCGUAAGACGAGGCUCCAUACCAUCUACAAAAUUGUCAGAGGUACGAACCACUCCUUCAGAGCAGAAAACACCCACUGAGGCAUUCUCAGCACAGGCUAUAGUUAGGAGAGCUUCUGUCCCCAAUGUAAGGCAACCACCUCCAAUACCCAAAGCUCCAGCUGUGGCAGCUGAGCAAGUCACACCCUCUGAGGUAGUAGCCACUAAGGUGGAAGUCAGAAAAGACUCUGUGUCAUCUGUAGUGCAACCACUACCAUCUGUGGCUAAUGUAAAUGUCAUGUCAUCAGGUCAGGACACACCUAUUCAGGCACAGAGAGUACCUCAUCCAAUUAAGAAAUCAUAUGUACAACAACAACCGAUUACUCAGCCAUUGCCACCACCUAAAACAGUAUCUGAGGUUAUCACAGUGCCCACAGAGACAAAGAUUCUUAUUCAACCAAUAACAGUCCAGGCCACAGCAAGAGCACAGUCCAUACUAUCUGUUAGUCAGCAUCCAAACAUAGCCCCAGAGGUCAUCACAGUUCCCCUUGAGGUCUCGGCUGAAGCACUAGUUCCUCAGGCCCCAAUACUAACUGUACCUGUGCAGCCACAGCCUCUGACAGACACUGUUGCUAUAACACUGCAACCUGAGGUUCCUUUAGAUGCACCGGUUCCCCAAGAUAGAACAUCUAUAGUCCCGUCCACUGUUAUUUAUCCACAAGUUGCAACUGAAGUAGAAAUGUUGCAAAAAGAACAGGAUGUGCCUGCUGAUGUCACUAUCACCAAGGCAGUCAUGCUACGAUCUCCAAUACUAGGAGUGAGUCCUGUUACACAGCAACUUAUGGCAGUUGAAAGUUUUAACAGUACUCAAACUGUUGCUGAACUUCCAUCAGUACCACAGCCUGGCCAGCCUUUAGAAGUUCUGCCUUCAGGGACUGAACAGUUAUCCAGACAACGACCACUUUUUGUAGCUGAAGAGGUGACCCUACCUACAAAGUUUGCAUUGCCAACAGAGGUUAUUACAACUGACUCUGCUUUUAGAAUACCAGGAGUAACAGCAGUAUGUCCAGUAGCUCAGCCUCUACCUGUAGAGUUAAUGCCACUAACUACAACUGCUAAGAUGACAGUUCCUACAGUUGGUGAAGUAACACCAUCACCUGUUGUGUUAGAGGUCCAAAAAAUUGGACAGUCAGAUGUGCCUCAUGUUACUGAUAUUCCACAAGUCUAUGGAGCAGUUACAUCCUCAGUCAUGUCACAUUUAACACAUCCGCUGGAGGUCACAGCAUUGCAGCCUGAGAAUGAAACACUCAGAGAGAUUAUAACAAAGGAUGUUGAUUUAAGAAGCACUUCAGUAUCCUUACCAGUUAUGCAGCCUCAGGCAGUGGCUGGGAUGCCAGUUGGAGUUAUUACAACUGAAGAAACCACCAGUAGGAGGAGGACAUCUAUAUCAUCCAUAGGACAGCCACCACACAGCACAAGUGAGAUAUUUACCUAUCCUGCAGAGCAUGAACAUGCUACACAGGUGGUUACAACUGAAGCCUUUGCAGCCACCAGGAGAGAGUCCAUAACCAUGCAACAACCAUUACCACUGGCACAGGUAGUCAACAUGCCGGCUGAAAGAGAUGUUCCUAUUGAUGGUAAAGGUGUUCAGGUGCACUACAGAAGAGGAUCUGUUCCUUCUACAGAGCCGAGACCACAUCUAUUAACUUAUUCAUCAGAAUACGAUCGCCCUCUAGAGAUUAUAACCGCUGAGGAAUACACUAGAAGAACCUCAAUGCCCACUGCACAGGACAUUCCACAGGGUGUAUCUGUUGCACCGGUGACAAUCACUAAAAUUCAGCAAGAGUCUAUCGAGAGCCAGGAGAUUCGAGGACCAGAAAAGGUGGUCUCCAGUAUGAGUCACAUGUACUCUUCAUCAAUUUCCACUUCAGGCCAGCCUCCUGAAAGCCUGCCUAGUCUGGUCACUCAGGUGGUCACCACUGAGGUCCAGAGGACCACUGUUUCUGUUGUCCAUGAAAGACUUCCACCUGUCCCUCUACCCAGUGUAGCAAUCACUAUACAACCGGAUAUAGCUAAAGUGCAACCUCUGCCAAAACAGAAUGGGAAGAUAAUCUACCCUAGUGAUGUUAUUGAUUUACGCACUAUGAAGGUUGGCAUAAAAAUGACUGAACAAGGCAUGGACCUCACACCACCUGAAUCAUAUAGACAGACUUUUUCAAGUGAUUCUAAUGGCCGACAGAUCACGGCAGUACAGCCUGAGAUAGUAAAUCUUAGUGCAGAGGUCACCCCUGCAACCACACUGUCUGUUGUCACUGACAACAUCACAAUAGUCACAUGUACAGCUACCAUUGCUUCAUAUAACAGCACUCCAGCAGAAAAACCGCUUGAUUUGCAAGGCCCUGUUAUGUCGUUGCCUCUGCCUCUUACCACAUACAAACCAUUCGAACCGCGAGCACAGAUUGUAUACAGACCUGUGAACUCCCAGGCUGUAGUCAAUGCAGUAGCAUCCACAGCUCAAGACAUACCCAUUAAUCUUUCCUUUGGAGUCUCCUCAGGAAGCAAACAGCCAAUUGCUUCAGCCCCAACAACAAUAACCGAUGGAGGUCCUAUCCUUUCUUUAGAGGCCACAGGGGCCAUGGAUCUGUCAAAUUACAGACCAGUGAGAGCUAUGGUCGCUUUAUCAGGCACAAGCCCAGGAGUGGUGACUACUGUUGUAGAAGAUGAUGGGACACCAGUCGACCUCACAGCUGGAAGAAGGAGUGUGUGCUGUGAUGUCAUUUACAAGCUACCAUUUACAGGAAGCUGCAGGACACAGCCCCCAGUUACAACCCAACCUGACAACCGUUUUGGCUACAAAGAUGACCAUUACCAAUAUGAUAAUUCUGGACUCUAUGGUAUCAAAGGAAUGAAUGGUAUAAAAGCUUCAGUAUCUGAGACCAACCUGACAGAGGCAGGGUUGUUCUAUGAUUCCAAGAUUGAAAAUGACUAUCUCAGUGGAUCUUCAGAUGGCGCUAUAGACCUCACUGCUGCCAAACUUUCUGCUGGUAAAGCUCUAGACUACACUAGCAAAGCUACUGGAGGCUACCCUGGGAUGACAACUGCUCCAUGCUCCCAGGUCCCCGCAGCUGGAUUUGGUGUAAAUAGUGUUCUAAGAACCUCAGAUGGAAUACUUUAUUCUUCUGUUGCUGCCCCAGUUCCAUCCACAUAUGCAAUUACAACUCAACCAGGCUCCAUUUUUAGCACUACUUUAACACCAACAUCAACAGUGCAGAACCAGUUAUUGCCACAUCCAUAUGGUUUCAUUCCCAGUGCAGACUCAGGACAGAUAAUUCCUUUUGACACUGGACUACCUAAAGAACUUAUACCCGCUGCUUUGGCUGACAUAAUAACAGGCUAUCCAGACAUGUACUCAGACACCACCCUGGAAGCAAUUGCUGCCUCUCUGGAUGCCUUAGCCUCCUCCCCAAUUUUUCCUGGCUUAGAUAACACCAAGAUGGCACAGUAUCAGAUGGAAAGGGAGUUUCUAGAGCUAGAAAAGCUUAAACAGCUAUGUCUCGCCGAGGAGCUUGAGUGGGAGAGGCAGGAAAUCCAGCGUUACCGUGAACAGGAGCAGCUUAUGGUCCAGCGGGAGCUUGAGGAGCUCCAAGCUCUGAAACAGCAGCUUCUCCUGCAGCAAGAGGAAGAGCACCACGCCCACAUGAUAGCCCAGCAGGAGACCUAUGCCCAGCAGAAAGAGCAGUUGCUGCAAAUCCAACAACUCCAGCUGCAACUUCAGCGGCAGCUAGAUGAACACUAUGGUAGCACUGGUACCACAGGGAACCUCCUAGAUGCUAAAUAUGCAGGGGUAGGAGACAGUGGCCAGUAUUGGCCUGUCAAAGAUGAGUCUACAAUUCCAUCCGUUGGGACACAGUUUGAGGAAAGUCAGGACCAGCUUAAUAUAAUCAAUAAGCUUCAAGCUGAUCAGGAUACAGGGAAAAAAAUAAUUGAUAGUGGAGUUCAGACAGAUGAUGAAGACUCAGCAGAGAAGCAGCAUGUAGGAAGGAGAAAAAAGAGUAAAAGAAAUGUUGAUAGCUCAGCUCAGACUGAUGAUGAGGACCAAGAUGAAUGGGAUGCUCCCACAAAAGCUCGCAGACGCUCUCGAAAACAUAGCAGUGAAGGGAAACAUGGCUCUAAGGUCUCCAGCAUUGCUAUCCAGACAGUGGCUGAGAUAUCAGUCCAGACUGACCACUCUGGAACUAUCAAACGACCCAAUGUCCAGAUGGAUACAAAGGUGGAAAUCAUCAAGCAUAUCUCGGCUCCAGAGAACUCUCAGAGAGGAGGUAGUCUGAGCUGUCAGACAGACUCAGACAGAAGACACACACCCAUUGAGGUGGGCUAUAGCUCACACCUAACAGCAGAUGUUCCCUCUAAGUCUAAAGUCUUUUACAACCAAGUGUCCCCUUUGUCCCCGGAAAAGUCUCUUGGAGGCCAGAGAAUGCUGACUGCUGACCCAACCAGAUUUUCCUCUGGUCCUCGGAUAUUAAAGGCUGGUCAAAAGUCUUUAUCUGAUCCUAAAUCCCUUAGUCCUUCCACAGAAGACAGGAUUGGUGGAUACUAUGCAGACAGCUAUUCUGGCCGAGGCUCUCCCUCUGGUACAAGUAAGAAGGUAAAGCGGACACUACCAGACCCCCCUCCCGAGGAUGAAUCUCUGACAGGAAGAUCAGGCUACAGCACCAACUCUGCUCGUCGCCGUCUUGCCCGCAGUACAACAAUGGCCCGAGCAAAGAUUCUGCAGGACAUUGACAAGGAGCUUGAUUUGGUGGAGAGAGAAUCUUCUAAACUUCGCAAAAAACAGGCUGAGCUAGACGAAGAGGAAAAGGAAAUUGACGCCAAGUUACGGUACCUUGAGAUGGGUAUCAACCGACGUAAGGAAGCCUUGCUGAAGGAGAGAGAGAAGAGAGAGAGGGCCUAUCUCCAGGGAGUGGCAGAAGAAAGAGACUACAUGUCAGACAGUGAGGUCAGCAACAUCAGAGAGACAAGGGGUGAUGGCCUAGAGAGACCACGUACAGCUCCCCAGUCAGAGUUUGAUCAGUUCAUCCCUCCACAGACUGAAGCUGAUUCCCAGUACAACACACUAACUAGUCCCUACUCCCAUUAUGCCCAGUAUGUACCUCAGACCCAAACCACUAGUCACUACACCCAACAGAAUCUGUAUCAGCAGCAGUCCCUUUAUCACCAACAGGUGUCUCCUUACCCAACCCUAUCCCUCUCCCAUGCCCAAGCUCAGCCAAGCAGCUACCAACAUGCUCUGCUCUUGCAGCAGGGAAAGCAACGUCAGACUACCCUGUCUGAUUUAGAGCCUAAGAUCACCACCAACUAUGAAGUGAUGCGCAACCAGCCUCUGCUCAUUGUGCCAACAUCUACAGAAAGUGGCUAUGGGGUAGCUCACUUAGCGGGAAAGUAUGGCAACCUGGAUUUGAGACUAGGGUUAGAGGAGAGGAGCAUGGCAUCUAGUCCCAUGUCUAGCAUUUCUGCUGAUUCUUUUUAUGCCGAUAUUGAUCACCACAAUGCCAGGAACUAUGUCCUAAUUGAGGACAUAGGGGAGCUCACCAAGACCUCAACGGGGCUGAGCAACACAGGUUUGGGUUCUGGAUUCAACCUGCCUGAUAAGGAGUUGUCCAAGGCAGACAGACUACUCAGGGCAGCAGAAGUCAGGCGCACAGCGGAGGUGGCAGACUUUUUAGGCUCAUCUCGACUUCAGAGUUAUAGUAAAGGAGAAGAUGACACUAUGGAGGAGCCUUAUGAGCUGAAGUUACUGAAGCAGCAAAUCAAGCAGGAGUUCAGACGUGGAACUGAGGGACUAGAACACUUAACAGGCCUGGGCCUGCCUCAUUAUCUCCCCAGCGAUACCAGUUUUCGUCACUUCCCUAAAGGAGAAAAAUAUAGCAUUGGCAGGCUCACUCUUGAAAAACAGGCUGCAAAGCAGCUCCCAGGAGCUGUGCUUUACCAAAAACAGAUGAAGAACAAAAAGGCCUUAAUAGAUCCAAAGGCCAUCACUAAAUUUUCCCCAAUUCAGGAGAGCAGGGACAUGGAGCCUGACUUUACAAGCUACAUGGGAUCUGGGGCCUCCUCUGUCACCAAUCUGGCUGCCACAGCUAGGUUACUUCAGGAUGAGAUUACAUUUGGGCUAAGAAAGAACUUGUCAGAGCAGCAAAAAUAUUUGGGUUCCUCCCUGGGGGCCAACCUAGCUGGUUCCCUUAACCUUGGGCAGUCCCUUGGACUGGGAUCCACUAUCAGGGCCACUGCCCAGGAUGAUGGAACCUACCCAAGUGGCACCCGUUCCCGGCCCUCUUCACGGCCCUCCUCCCGGCCCUCCUCUGUCUAUGGCUUGGAUCUCUCUAUCAAACGGGACCUGUCCAGCUCUUCACUUAGACUUAAAACAGAAGGAGAGGUACUGGAUGCAGCAUUUGCCCCUGGGGUGGCCAGAGCAAAGCCAACCAGUUUACCUAUCAGCCAAAGCCGGGGCCGUAUCCCCAUUGUAGCUCAGAACUCUGAGGAGGAGAGCCCUCUGAGCCCAGUGGGGCAGCCCAUGGGUAUGGCUAGAGCCUCAGCUGGACCUCUCCCUCCAAUCUCUGCGGACUCCAGGGACCAGUUUGGGUCUAGCCAUUCCCUGCCAGAGGUACAACAGCAUAUGAGAGAGGAAUCUCGGACGCGUGGCUAUGAUCGAGACAUCGCAUUCAUCAUGGAUGACUUGCAAGGCGCCAUGUCUGACAGUGAAGCACUAAAUGAGUCCAUGCUGGCUUUGAACAGAGAUGAUGCCAGAAUCUUUCAUGAAAAUAUCAGACACGCUGGAGGCCCAAACUGGAAUAUAGAAGCCUACCACCUGAGGAGAGAGGACACUGAUUGGUUUGAUAAGCCAAGAGAGGGACACCCCCAGAGUGGAAAAAUGUCAGACAGGAGACAGAUGAAACUGGUUCCUUAUGCCUUCCCUCACACUCGCAUCAAGCUUAAGAAAGACCCGAAGGACACCAGCGUUUCAGGGAAUGGACUUGGGAUCCGUGUGGUGGGUGGGAAGGAGAUUCCAGGGAGCCAAGGAGAGAUUGGAGCCUACAUUGCCAAGGUUAACCCUGGUGGUGUGGCAGAACAAACAGGAAAAAUUGUAGAAGGAAUGCAGGUGUUGGAGUGGAACGGAGUUCCUCUGACAGCAAAGACUUAUGAAGAAGUCCAGUGCAUCGUGGGCCAGCCAUGUGUGGAGGCGGAGCUCUGUGUGAGACUUGACCUUAAUAUGCUGUCUGACCCUGAGCGCCCACAAGCCCUGGAGCACCAUGUCCAGCUUAAAGCAGGUGGCCAGCGUUCCCCUGGCGUGGACCCUAAGCAGCUGGCUGCAGAACUGCAGAAGGUGUCCCAGCAGCAGGCUCCUGGUGUAGCUGGAACGGGGGUUGGGCAUGGGGGAUUGGGGGUACUCUCUGCACUGGAGCGCACUGCCCUCCUCCACUCUGGUACUGGAUCAGCUGCUUCCAGUGGUGUGCCAAGCCCCGGCCAGCCAGCAUCGCCUGCCAUAAACAAGAAACAACGACCUAAGCCAACAGAGGUAAUGAAGACACCUCAUCCCAUCACUGGAGAAAUUCAGCUCCAGAUCAACUAUGACAGGAAUCUAGGAAACCUGAUCGUCCAUGUCCUGCAGGCUAGAAACUUGGCCCAGAGGGACAACGACAGCUACUCUGACCCUUUUGUCAAAGUCUACCUCUUGCCUGGGAGAGGCCAAGUCAUGGUUGUCCAGAAUGCAAGUGCUGAUAACAAGAGAAGGACCAGGUAUGCCCAGAAGACCAUGAACCCAGAAUGGAACCAGACUGUCAUCUACAAGAACAUUCAUUUGGAGCAGUUAAAGAAAAAGACGCUGGAGGUGACAGUGUGGGACUAUGACAGAUCCUCCUCCAAUGACUUCCUUGGAGAAGUGCUGAUUGACUUGUCAAACACGACCCAGCUAGACAACACUCCUCGCUGGUUGCCUCUGAGAGAGCAGAGCGAGAGUAUUGAGCACAGCAGAGCCCACCAUGCUGCUCAAGGCCCACCGGGGUCCGGGUCAGGUCAGAGUCAUGGUCAGGGACACGGCCAAGGCUAUAUGUCAGUGCCUGGGAUGGGGCCUGGACAUAGUAUGGGACAGGGUCAAGCACCAGGACAGGGAGAUGGGAGUAAUGAUUCGCCUAAAAACUCUGUCAUUAAGAGCCGAAGCCAUGGAAUCUUCCCUGAUCCAGCCAAAGACAUGCAGAUGUUGCCUUUGGAAAAGUCACACAGCAGCCCAGGCAGCUCCAAGUCUUCCUCUGAUGGCCAACUGCGCUCCCAUGGCCCCUCCCGAAGCCAAAGCAAGAGCAGUGUCACUCAGGCCCACCUUGAGGACGCUGGAAUAGCCAUUGCUGCCGCCGAGGCUGCUGUGCAGCAGUCCCGCCUGCAACCAAGACCCGGACACCGACUGUCUGAUGUCUCAGGAUCUGUGGUGCUGUCAGCCCCGAGUCUUGUGGGUGACGCCUAUGGAGAUUUGGGUGGAGAAGAGGGGGAGGGCACCGGGGUGGACAGUGCCAUUUUUCAAGUACCACGCAUUGGUAAGACUAUCCCUAACGGCACUGACAAAAACCAACUCGGGACUCCCGAAAAUGAAGGUGGUAAAACACAAGUGAUGGGGGAGAUCAAGGUUGCUCUCAAGAAGGAGGUGAAGACUGAAGGGGACCAACUGGUCUUGGAGAUCCUUCAGUGCAGAAACAUCACUUACAAGUUCAAGAGCCCUGACCACCUACCAGACCUGUAUGUGAAGUUGUAUGUGGUGAACGUAGCCACUCAGAAGAGGAUCAUCAAGAAGAAGACCAGAGUUUGUCGGCACGACAGAGAGCCCUCUUUCAAUGAGACCUUCAGAUUCCCCCUCAACCCAACUGGACACUCCAUACAGCUUUUCUUGGUGUCCAAUGGAGGCAAGUUCAUGAAGAAAACCCUGAUAGGGGAAGCCUACAUCUGGCUGGAUAAGGUGGACAUGAGGAAGAGAGUGGUAAGCUGGCACAAGUUGUUCGUCAGCUCCACUCAGACCAACCCCUGAGCACCGUACCAAAACCAUGGAGAUGCAAUAGAGGUGAUGCCAGAAUGAACUACUACAGACAACAGAUUUGACAAAAAGAUGAAUAUGAGAAAAAAAAUGAGAAAAGGAAAUAAAAAAGAUCUGGUUAA